CAUCACUGUCCCCCAGCAAGUGUGUGCAGACCGCCCGCAGCAGACCGCCACACCGCCUCCGUGCCUCUGUCGCUCUGCAAGGUUCCAUCUGAAAGAAGAAAGUGAGUGAGUGGCAGACUGUGUGUGCAUCAGCGUACGUGCCUGUGUGUGUAUAUGUGUCACCAUGAAGCACCAGUCUAUCUCCCGAUGGCUGAGCCAGCUGGGACUGCCACAGUACUGCAUCGCACUGGAGCAGGAAUACGAUGGUGUAGAGGACCUGCUCCACCUCUCAGAAUAUGACCUCCUGGAGCUCGGAGUCCACAAUCACCUUCACCGCCUGCACCUCCUCACUUCUCUACGCCUCCUCCAGGAGCGAGAGAGGAGAAGAGAGUUGAGGAUGAUGGCAGAGGGGCGUUUUGCCAGUCUGCCCAGGUCCCUCCAUGCACACCACACCCUAGGAGGAGGCACUGCACACCCUGGAGUCCCCUCCACCUCCCUCGGUGUGCCCAGCAGCAGCACCUGCUCCUCCAGGAGGCUCCAGGCUUCCCUCGCCUCCUCCAUGGACCUCCUCAGCUCCAGACCUGGUCUCCCUCCAGGGCACGGCAGCAGCCUAUCAGAGAGGCCCUCUGCUGCCUACCAGCCAAUCUCCAUACAUGGAACACUGCCUCGACGCAGGAGAGGAGGGGUCAACAUCCCCCAUGGAAACUACACCUGGGACCCCAGAGCCAAUCACACGCAGCAGAUUCUUAGCGGGAACAUGGCACUGGCUCCUGGAUCCAUCCAUCAACCCAUGACAUCUCCGCUGGUCCAAAACGUCAUUGAUGACUUUCAUGGCUACAGGGAGCCUGCUGCCGGCCUGGACGCCACAGUGGACUAUGUUAAGUUCUCCAGAGAUCAGUUCAUCCUGGACUGCCCUUCAGAGAAACUUCGCAAAGAACUUGAGGAAGAACUAAAGUCGGACUGUGAGGAGCUGAGGAGCCACGCGUGGUACCACGGAGCAAUACCCAGACAGGUUGCAGAGAACUUGGUGCAGCGUGACGGGGAUUUCCUGAUCCGUGAUUCGCUGUCCAGUCCAGGAAGUUAUGUUCUGACCUCCCAAUGGCGAAAUACUGCCCAGCACUUUAAAAUCAACAAGAAGGUUGUGAUGUUGAAUGAAGCCUACUCCAGAGUUGAGUACCGGCUGGAAAGGGAAGGAUUUGACAGUGUCCCUGCACUUAUAAGAUACUACGUCGGCAACAGAAAACCUGUCUCCCAGGUGGUAGGAGCCAUUAUCUUCCAGCCAAUUAACAGAGGGCUGCCACUACGCUGCUUGGAAGAAAAGUACGGGUUGUCCAACAAUCACCGCGAUCGGCUCAUGGCGCAGGAGAGACGGAGUCAGAAGCGCCUCAGCCUCAACAUCACCAACGGGCACACGCACGACAACACACAAGCCGUGCACGACAGCACACACUGCCGGGACAACGGCGUGGGCCGAGGCAGCCAGCUCAGGUCGAAGGAUCGCUGUGGCAGCCAACCAGCGAGUCUCAAUCAGGUCCAAGAGAGGCGACGCCCACUCAAGGCGCACCAAUCAGAAAGCUACCUGCCUCUUGGAUCCAAAUCUCAGCCCCAGCAGCCUCCUGACUCUCUCCUCCCAAGCCCUCACCCCAAGUCUCCAGUCUUUCGGACGGGCAGUGAGCCGGCGCUGAGCCCCUCGGUCCCACGGAGAUCUGCAGAGCUUCUGGCAGGCCAGCCCAUCCGGGGCUCUGACAGCCAGCUGUGCCCUAAACCGCCCCCCAAACCCAGCAAGGUGCCGCUAGCUCGACUGCCUCGCUCCCCCUGCCUUCAGCCACUGGCUCUCCCCUCCAACUCCUCCAACCUCACAGACUCUUCCUCCACCUCCCCCAGGCUAACUGCACCCCACCUAGACUCCACAUGUGUGGAAACUCCUGGUUCUACAUGGAGGAGUGGAGCCACCACAGGCCCUCCCCUGCCUCCAGUCAAACCCCUGAAGUUUAAGCACCAGCUCCUGCCUGCAGACUCUCCUGCUGAACUGGUUCAGUAUCCUGAUUCAGAAGCAAUAGCAGGAUGGACUGAGCGCCUGCAGCCGAGCCCUGCAGACCUGAGGUCUUGCAGCCCGCUGCAGUGGGAGGAAUCAAAGUCACAGCACGCUUUCACAGACAAUGCCCUCGAACCUUCACUCUGCAGCUACGUGGAGCGACUGAGGAGAGAGGGUGAGGGAGGGAGGGAGCUAGAGGACGAGGGGGAAGAGAAGGAGGCAGGAGGGAGGAGAGGACUGGACAGAAGCUCCUACCAUCACGCCAUCGCUGCCUUAGAAAACACCAGCGAGGAAGAGGAGGAGGAGGAAGACAAGAGGAGGGAAAGAGAGAGGAAUGGUUUCCAGCGGCCGAUCGUGGAGACGGAGUCGACAUUCCGGCCGGCGGAGUUCGGAUCUCGACUUCUGCCGCCAGAAAACAAACCGCUGGAGAUGGUUGUUCUGAAGAGAGCGAAGGAGCUGCUGCUCAGCCACAAUCACCACAGUAUAGCCAGACACCUGCUGAUGGCCGACUGCCAGGUUGCGAGGAUACUCGGAGUGACUCCGGAGCUUAAAGGUCAGAUGGGCGUGUCCUCCGGUCUGGAGCUGGUGACGCUGCCGCACGGUCAACAGCUGCGGCUGGACCUGAUGGAAAGGCACCACACCAUGGCGAUAGGUGUUGCCGUGGAUAUUCUGGGAUGUACGGGCAGCGUGGAGGAGCGUGCGUCCACCUUAAAUCGCAUCAUCCUGGUGGCGUUGGAGCUCAAGGACACGGUGGGCGACCUGUUCGCUUUCACGGCCCUGAUGAAAGCUCUGGACCUGCCGCAGAUCAGUCGUUUGGAGGAAACAUGGACAGCUCUGCGAAGGAACUACACACAGACCGCCAUCACCUACGAGAAAACACUCAAACCUUUCUACAAGAAUCUGUAUGAGGGCACAGCUUCCUCUCCUCCAGUUGUCUGUGUCCCCCUCCUGCUGCCCCUCCUCACUUUGAUGGAGCGUCCGUCAAACACGCCAGAGGGGGCAGAGCUCUGGGAGACCAGCGACCAGGGCUGCGACAUCAUGCUGCGCCACCUUGAGGCUGCACGCAACGUCGCACACAACGCGCAGAGCUACACGGCCAACGCACAGAAGAUCUUACAAGAGUUCCAGUGCGAUGACAACCUGCUGGAGGUGUUUAAAACAGACUUUCAGCUGCGGCUGCUGUGGGGAAGCCGUGGAGCUUCAGUCAACCAAUCAGACCGCUAUAACAAAUUCAACCUCAUCCUCACUGCGUUGUCACGGAAACUGGAGCCGCCGCCCAAAACACAAACCUUAAUCUGACUUCACCUAUGCAGCAACUCUCCCACAUACUGACAGGCUUCAGUAGAACAUGAGGUGGAUCAGAAACCAGCUCCGAAGAGAAACAGACUGUAACGAGGAAGAGACGAGCUGCCGUCACUGUGGAGGUAGUCUGAGGUAGAGGAGUUCAAGAUCAAACCUCACACACAAACUCUGCUCACCUGCAGCUGACUUUUUAUUAUAUUUUACAUCAAUUUAAGAACGAGUCUGUCUUUAUUUGUGUGUGUGUCAGGGGCUCAUAACAUCAGUAUCCAGUAAAACAAUGUAAAUCUGCAACUUGUUUAAAUCACCUACAGCCUAAAAUAUAUCACACACACACCUAUAUGAGACUUGUAUAAAUACAUGUAAAAAUACACACACAUACAAGCAGAAUCUGUAACAUACAUGUAAGAGGACCUACAAAAAGACAACCUUUUAGGGACUGAGAUAAACAGCUCUAAGCAUCGCCACAAUCUGAAAGAUAACGUCUUAUAAAAUGAAGAAGCAGCGCUCCAAAAACCUUAAAAAACAUCUCAAUACUAAGUUUACCAUUUUAUUUCCUUAAACAGACACGUUUCUGCAGACCAGAAACUGCAGUCCUAUAGGGGAUAAAGAUCAUCCCUGUAGGUGUUCUGACUUUUAUUACACAAUGAACAAUAAUGUUGACUCUAUUUAACACAAUUCUGUUGUGUUUAACUAACCCUAAAGCAUAUCCUAUAAUGUAAAAAUCCCCAAACAUUGGACAAACUGUACAUUGUUGUACUUACUAAGAUACUGAGAUGCAGCAACCACAGAUCACCAAACCACUUAAUGUUUUGAUGACAAAAACUUUCUAAAAUGAGGGACUGAUAUUUGUGAGAACGGAGCCGACAGGAGAGGCUUAAAAGGCUCGUUUUAUUUCUAUACUGACAUUCCAGUGAAUCGAGACCAUAUUUCUUUAACAAGAUUUAAAGGAGAAAAAUAGCAGAUAGCUCUUAAUCCUGUGACGAGUACACUCAGAGGAAAAUGUACCUUCUAGGUCACUGUCUGCGUAUAUUGUCUAGCUAGAAAUAAUAAAUGUAUUUAACAGUUAGAAUGAGUGAUUAAGAGUCCAACCUGUGCUUUUGAUACAAAACCACCUGACCAGUUUGUUGCUUAUUUAUCAAGCAAAAAAUAGUCUACAGCUCAAAUAUAUAGUAUUUUCUCCUUCUCAAUACCGAUUCCUAUACCUGAACUCUGCGUAUUGGCCAAUACAGAGUACCGGUUCGAUACCAAUCAUGCCUUUGCCAUUUGGAAUUUCUCUAAACACAAGUUAACUUGAUAUUAAUAGCCAUGUUCCCAAAAGGUGUUUUUUCCCCCCAAUUCAUUGGAUGGAAAAAGGUCAACAGUAAAUCUUUUUACUUACAAACGAAGCAGAAAAUCUGACUUCUUCUUUCUGUACAUGUGUAUAUGUAGCUACUUUUCUUCCAGGGAUUCUCUUGACGGAUGAAAAUAUUUUUGUUUCUGCAUAAACGUGAAUGAAUUGAUUAAAAAACAGAAAUAUGUUAAAGUGUGAGAGUAAAGUUGUACAUAUUUGAAAUAUAAGCAUGUUAAUAAUUGACUGUACAUAUUUUCUGUAGAAGACUGUAAGAAAAAUAUGUGGAUGAUUUUAAUGUUUAUAUUAUGAACUACUGUAAGAUUUAAUAAAUAUGGUGUACAAUCUGUGUAA